ACUGGCGCAGGUCCGGAGCCUUAUAAAGAGGCUCUUCGACGUCCCGACGUUCGCACUGUGGGGCUUUCACAUCGACGCAACUAGUCAAAAGCGGUACGAAAUAAUAGCGCGAAAAAAAUCAAAAUCGAAUUUUGAAUUAUCGAAAGUUUCGUCGCCAUAUCACCAGUUUUUCUCGAUUUACUGUUCGAAAUUCGUAUCGUUCAAAGAGCAGGGAAAGUUGUCUGUUGACAAUUCCGCCACGUUUGCCGGGGACAACCUGUUGAUCGAAGCGGCGAAGGUGUAUUCUAGAAAACUUUGCGAAUCGAAAUGCGUGCUCCGUUCUACUUAGUGUGUGCCACAUUAGUGGUGAGCAUCCAUAGCGAAGACACGACAGGGAAUGCAGGUUAUUUCAAUAGGGAACAAAUCGAACCAAUUAAUAUGGCCGCCGAUCAAGAAACAAUAAGUUAUCUGUUGCCCAAAUUAACAGCAAAAUACCGCCCCAGUAACGAGUGGACGGGUGUGACCGAUCCCAGAUUUUACUUGCUUACUGAAAUGGAAUCCAACGAGCUCGAAAAUCAGGAAAGACUGAACAAGAAAAUCCGCAACAAACGUUUCAACAUCGAGGUAAAUCCUCAGAGACAGACCAGAUACUACGAUUUGGACGAUGCUCCUUCCCUAUCGAUCAAUGCUCCUAUUCAAACAUUGAGGAAAGCUUAUGCUAUCGAAAGGUUACGAGAACGAGUCAGAGCAAACAGGGAAUUCCUAAAAAAUCUGAACGAUUUACAGUAAUUCAAAUGUAGACAAAAAAUUAGUCAACAAAACCAUUUAUUAGAUCGUUACUAUAUAGAAAAAGGAUAAUUAUACAUUGGAAUUUUUUAAACAUGAGAUUUUCAACAUUAUUGCUGUAUUUGAUUGUUUCUUCUGUAUUUUUUAUGGUGUACAUUUCAAAUCGAAUUUAUUGUUAACUUUGGAAUAUUUGAAAAGGACAAACCACUUCACGCCAAUAUUAAGAUUUUUUUUCUAAAUUCGCAGUAUUUAGAUCAAAAAAGUUGUUGAUUACCUCAAGGUCGAUCAAAACUAAUAAGUACUAAACGAAUUUUUCGAAAUUCAGACAUUUUAUUAUUAAAAAUUUCAGUUUUAAAAUGUUCCCAAGAAAAUAAUAAAUAUUUCUAUUCAAUAUAAGCAAAUAAUUUAUAAUUUAAGUUAAUUAUAAAUCUCAUUUAUCAUUUUUUAGAAUAUUCCAAGAAAUCUAGUCACUUAUUUAUUUAUUUAUUUUAUUUAUAAGUUUAUACAGUAUAUCUCGACAGUAUUAAAUAUUACCUCUAACUCAAAUUUUCCUAUGGUCUAUUUGGAAAGUAGAUAUUUAUAAAUAUGUAAAAAGAUCAACUAAACUAUUUGUAAUAUUAAUUUCGCAGAUUCUGACCCCAUUUUUUCAACAUUGAUGAGUUACACUACUUUCUAAACGAGACUUAUUAUAAAGAGUGUCCUGAAAAGAGUGACAGCUUUCAAACAGAAGAAUAAAGGCCAAUUUAUAGACUUGCCGUUGCUGUUCGCGGGUGACGUUUGACGUCUAUUGACCCUAUCCAUAAACAUGACGUUGCUGCCGUUAACCUAAAAAUGUUGACGUGUGUACUGCAGUUUGGUUUUCAUGAUAUUUCUGUUGUUUUGUUUGUAAUCCGGUAUUUAUUAAAGAUAUUGUGGAAAAUAACGAAUAGUUUUGUUAUUGGAACAAAUGUGACAAACUCAAUCGGAUGUGAUUGGCCAACGGGAAAAGAUAAAAUUCAUUUAUAUUGUCACAUGGCGACGUCAAACGUCAAUGUUUUUAAUUUUGUAACAACAAACGUCAAUGGCAAACGGAAAGUCAAGUUUAUGAAUCGGCCUUAAUUGUUUUAUAAAUGAUUUAAGUCUAUAAAAAGUUUCAUCACUCUUUUAGAACCUCUCGUAUAAAAGGGCAUAUUUAGAUGAUUAAAAAUCAAUCUUAUUUAUGAUUAAUUUACAAAUAAACUUUAUAUUAUUGUUUUUUUUUUUAUUAAAAAUGAUUUUAACUCGCUAUAAUGACUUCAUUUUAUUAGUAUUUUUAUUAAUAUUGACCUUUUUACAUGUCAUUUUGUUCAUAUGUAAAAAUUUGUUGCUAUAAUAAAUACAUUACCUUGAAGCAGUGUA